AAGCACUCCCUCGUGCGUCAAGGACAAGACCAAAGCUGCGUGUGUUAAAGCGCCAACAGCCGCUUCAGCUCCACCCAUGCAAGUAUUAUCCGUGCUCAAAACACGUGUGUUUAACACUGUCUUUCACUGUAGUUCAAGUAUAUUUUCGUUAUUUAAAGACUCAAAGUGAUUUCCUUAAACUAAACCAACGAUGGAAACGGAGGAAGAAUAUCAAAUCUCACCAGAAAAUGAUGACGAGGAUCUUUCUGACGAAGCACUUGAAGAUGAAGAGAUGGAAAAAUCAAAAUCUCGAAAGAAGCCUGGAAUCAUUUACCUGUCAUCUAUUCCUUCUGGAAUGAAUCCUCAACUUGUUCGAGAAUUUCUUGGUGUUCAUGGCGAAAUAGGAAAAUCCUUUCUGCAGCCCAUCGAAAAAAGUGGCGAAAAGAAGAAGAGGAGCAACAAGUUUUCAGAGGGUUGGGUCGAGUUUAAAAGUAAAAGAGUAGCAAAAGCAGUGGCAGAACGUCUCAACAAUACAAAAGUGGGAGGAAAGCGACGGAGCAGGUACCAUGAAUGUUUGUGGAACAUCAAAUAUCUCCCUAGAUUCAAAUGGGCACAUCUAAAUGAGCGUCUAGCCUAUGAAAAGGCUGUUCGCCAACAAAGAAUGAGAACAGAAAUUGCCCAAGUUAAGAGAGAAACCAACUUCUUCAUUGAAAAUAUUGACAAAAGCAAGAAAUUACAGAAAAAGAUGCAUAAAAUGGAUAGUUGGAAUGUUACUCAAAGAUCCACAGAAGAUGAAAUUGUCAGUAGGAAAGCAAAUGGCCAAAACCAGGACAGAACAGAUUUCCUGAGGAAUCUAUUUAAUCCAACAAAGUCAAGUGUACCAUGAAUAACCAAAUUGUAUUCUUUAACUAACAUAACAAUAAACAAAUGAGCAUUCUUUCA